AUGGGACGAGCGGUCGCUGGGCGGCGGAAAGGAGGCGGCCGUCGGAAGGCGGAGACCAACGGGAGGCGGCCAGCGGGACCUGCUCGGGCGGCGGCGGCAGCGAGUGACGUGGACCUGCGGCAGCAGGAGCUGGCCCCAGAAAUACAACUAACCCCACAUGCAAUCCUCUCCAUUAAUGCCAGCGAUGACGUUCUAUCUCCAAUACUUCAUCUUUUGUCUUUUGAAAAAUUGAUAGACAGUGAAGAUGACAAUGCUCGGUAUAGGCUCGUCCUCUCUGAUGGUACCCACAUGCAACUGUCAAUCCUGCCACCAAAGUAUAGUGAACUGCUACUUUCAGACACAUUAAAGAUAGGCUAUGUGCUAUCAUUGACAGCUUAUGCUUGUAGAACUAUUUGGAACUCGAGGGUUAUAAUAAUAUUCAAGCUUGUUGUCAAAUUUACAAAUUCACCAUUGCUUGGAAAACCUAGAUACUUGCUUCAAGAGCAAGAGCAAGCAAUGUUUGCUCGCGAACCAACUCCCACAGCUAGACGUUCCCUUAAGUUUGGAAUACACGUCCCACCUGCACAGCAAGAAACCUUUCAGAAUAUCAGCCCAAUAAAAGCUUUGAUCCCCUUCCAAAAUAAAUGGGCGAUAAAAGGUCGUGUAAUAAACAAGAGGAAAAUGCAUCAGUAUAAUACACCAAAAUCCUCUGGGCAAGUCUUUAACUUUGACAUGAUAGAUGCUGAAGGUACCGAAGUUAGAAUAACGUGUUUUGGUGAUAUAGCUGAGAUGCAUUACCAUAGGGUUGAACCAGGAGCAUAUUAUUAUCUGUCAAAAGGUUCCAUUAAGGAAGCCAACACAAAAUGGAAUAAACUUAACAGUCAUCUUGAGAUUACUUUGGACCACAAUUCAACAUUAAAGCGUUGUGAUCCACCUGUUGAUGGUGAAGGUAAUGCUUCUCGAUUCACACCAAUCAAUGAACUUACAAACUGUAGCAACAACACUUUAGUCGAUGUCAUUGGUGUUGUCAUUGAUGUUAAAGACGCUGCACUAAUAUGUAGAAAAGAUGGGAGCAAGAUCAUGCUUCAAGACCAUACAGACUCUCUUUGGGGUACUGCCUUUGAUGAAGUUGGCACAAAUUUGCUAGGCAUCUCAGCCAAAGAACUUUACAUGUUGCAGUAUGAUUUGCCUACAAAUAGAACUCCUCAAUCUAUUAUCAAGAAUGUCCUCUUAUCCACCUUUAUUUUCACUCUCUCUGUUACAAUAAAGACCUACAACUCGCAGACGAGACUAAAAACGACAAUCACCAAAGCAACGCCUGUUGAUCUUCAAGGUGAAUGUGCUCUUUUGCUUGUAGACAUUGCUCGGAUGAGUGCAGCUACAGAUUUCCAUACCGAUUAG